UUUAGUGUAGUGUUGGGUGGACGCGAAGCAGCAGAUUAUAGCAUUUCUCUCUUCCCCACAAACUCAACCAGUAAACCACCGGAAGAAGAUACCAACCGUUAUUGUAAACAGCCGUCGGAGAAGCACAAAAUACGCGAAACGCGAGGCAAACAAGAGAAGUCGAAGGAUCAAUUCAUCACGUCUCUUUUAGCUAAUCGAUGGGUUUUUGUUGGUGACAAAGGGAUUUCUCUGUUUCUCGGUGUUUUCUGGGUUUUAAGGGUUUCGUUUACAAGUCGAGCUUUUUGGAGGAGAGUAAUGGCGGGUGUUUCUGCAAUCGAGAUGAAUAAAUACUCUCUGUUGAAGGAUUUUAAUGUUGAUGUUGAAGUAGAAGACGAAGAGUACGAGACUUUCUCUCUUUGUUUCUGGGUGUAUCUCUUAAAUUCCACCACAUUCCCGUCUACGAUCAUUAAACAGGUUCACUCAAAGAUGAGUGUUAGUGCACCUUUCCUUGUCCUAGAUGAAUAUAAGAAGAUGAUGCUUUUGCCAUUGACUCUGCUUCACAAGGAAGCUCCUGAUCCUGUUGACACUUCUUCCUGGACUCAAGUUCCUAAUGUGUCUACAAAAUCCCAUUUUCCUCUCGAAAAAUGGGUUCAUGUCGGUUGCCAGGUUUCUAGAAAUUACGUGAGGCUUCUUAUCGAUGGAGAGAUUGUAGGAGAACAGUCCUUGACUUCUUUGCUGAUAAAGAACACCAAUCACGAAUGUCUUCGAAAGAUAUCACUAUUUAGUGUUGGCGGAGAUGGUUAUAGCGUUCAAGGUUUCAUCCAAUUUGCAGAAGUCUUGCCUGCUAGUUGUCAUGUGGAGCAUCAUUAUAUGAAGGACCCACCUCUAUGGUUAUCUGUCGAUAAGUCAUCCUCAUCGGGGAUUGAAUUAGACGAUGACGGUGUUUGGAAGGCAUCUUGUAGGGAGAUGUUUUCCUUGGAUGUUGUUUUAUCCAAUGCUAUUGGCCAGCCUGUGCACAAGGAUGUGGAGGUUGUUGCAUCGCUACUGUAUUCCGAUACGCUUGUGGAGGCCAAGUCGAGUGAAACUGAGGCUCCUCUUUUGGUAAGCUAUGAAGGAGUUGUAUUCUCAGCUGAUGAUAGACCGAUCAAACUAUUGAACGGACGUUCAUCCUUUAAGCUCAAGAUCUCUCAGCUUUCCUCCAAGUGUGAUAACAGAUUGUUCUGCAUCAAAUUUCAAAUACCAAAUGCUAAAGAUUAUCCUUUCCUCCAAGCUCUAACCAACCCAAUACGUUGCAUUUCGAUUAGUCCUAAAAGGUUGACCCUCAUUGACCAUCAUCCAUUAAGUACCGAAUCACCGAACAUUCUUCACAAUACUUCCUCAGUGAAACGAGCCAGGUUUUGUAAAGAAAGUGUUUCUGGGAGUGAGGAAUCAUAUGAACAGUUCGAUAAUGGAAACGACGUGAGUAUGCACCACGAAGAAGAUAACUCAUCAACUGAUUCAGAAAACUCGGAAAUGAGAGACUUGGUUUUGAUGAGAUAUACAAUCUCAGAUUCUACCAUCUUCAGAUACUGUUUAGGAAACUUAACAGAGAGGUCUCUUCUUUUAAAGGAAAUCACAAACAACUCAUCAGACGACGAAGUUUUGGAAUUCGCUAGUCAGAUUUCUCUGUAUUCAGGAUGUUCCCACCACUGCUAUCAAAUCAACAUGGCAAAAAAGCUAAUAGAUGAAGGAACAAAUGUGUGGAUACUGAUAUCUCGGAACAAUCAACAUGUUCAUUGGGAUAAUGUGGUCUAUGAGAUUGAAGAACAUUUCAUGAGGAUUUCCAAAUGCAGCAGCAGAUCUCUCACCCACCAGGAUUUUGAGAUUCUAAGGAGAAUAUCAGGAUGCUACGAGUACGUAACUCAGGAGAAUUUCGAGAAAAUGUGGUGUUGGUUGUUCCCUGUUGCUUCCUCAAUAUCCCGGGGCUUGAUAAACGGAAUGUGGCGUUCUUCGUCGCCUAAAUGGGUCGAAGGAUUCAUCACUAAGGAAGAAGCUGAACAUUCGCUUCAAGGCCAAGAACCGGGAACCUUCAUACUCAGGUUCCCUAUUUCAAGAAGCUGGCCUCACCCUGAUGCUGGUAGUUUGGUUGUGACUUAUGUCGGUCAUGGUUUCACUCUUCAUCAUAAGCAACUCAAGAUCGAUAACAUCUGCGAAAGUAUCGAAAGGUACACGGAUGCAAAACUGCUGCAAGAUAUGUUGUUGGCAGAACCGGAGCUCUCUCGUUAAGGAAGGAUCAUAAGAAGUCAUUGAUUGAUAUGUGGAGGUUCCUACAUUUUCCAAAUAUACUGAUGCUAAAAUUUCAUACAGUUUGUAGAUUGUAAAAGCUCAGAAAGCUAACAGAGGCUCUAAUUGAUGUUAAAAUUACAAUUUGUAAGGAUUUUUUUUUUUUAAUUACUGAUCUUCUUUUAGAUGUUGAGCACAAAAGUGUAAAACCUGAGAGUAGUAAAUCUGCUCAACUUAAUGUUAAAAUUACAAUU